AUGCAGCUCAAGCUACUAUACCUCGUCACUUUUGUGGCUUCCGUCUUCGCGGCCGACCCCUUGGCGACUUCCGUGAAUGGCAUUGCCCAGGAUUACGACAAGCUCAACCAAGACAUUACAGCUUGGCCAGGCGAUUAUGAGAGUUGUAAAAGCCUCGUCGCCGAGGCGGAUGUCAUCGCCAAAGCACUUGUUAAUGUCAAACCCCCCGUCACGAUCACUUCCCCGGACGCCGCUACAGUCAAAGAGAGACAGCAAGCAGUUCAAUCUCUUUGGAAGAGCAUAGAUGCAUAUCUCGAUAUCGCUAUUGAUGUCAAGUUCACAGUUGAUCAGACUCAGCCAUCUGUCAAGCCAAUGGUCCUUACUGCGAUAGAGGCCCUUCAAGCCGGCUUUUUAGCGUUAAGCAAGUCCUGUCUCGUCGUGAUGACGGAUGAGCCGAGUCAAGUUGCUUUUGACCAGAUCAAUCAUAACAUGAAGAGAGUCUACAAGCUUUAUACUUUCUAA